AUGCCCAUUAUUAAUAUCUUCUUUCUCUUGCUCAUUAUCAAUAUCUUCAUCUUCCCCACCAUUGCCUUUGAUCCCCCGCCAACGCAGGACAUUUGCGUAGCUGAUUUCAGCAAAGGACCAAAAGCAUAUGACAACCUUCCAUUUCCGUGCAAGGACCCCGAACAAGCGACAGCCGAGGACUUCUUCUCCGACUUGUUGAGCAAAGCGGGCGACACCAACAACGCGUUUAACGCCUCCUUCAACUCUCUCAACACGACCCAAAUCCCGGGCAGAAACGCACUCGGCAUGACCGUGACCCGGCUCGACCUAGGUCCCGGAGGUAGCUUCCCUCUUCACAUCCACCAUAGGGCAACCGAACUCUUCAUCGUCUUUCAAGGAGAGUUGGAGGUAGGGUUUGUGACAUCCGCUCAGGAUAAUUACAAACUGUAUAACAUGACGAUUCCGGAGGGCGGCGUGUUUUACGUACCUGUGGGGCUCGUUCACUAUCAGAGAAACGCAUUGAAAGAUGGUAAUACGGUUGCGUUCAGUGUGUUCAACAGACAGAACCCGGGGUACGAUCCGGUUGCGCACGCUGCGUUCAAGUCCGCGCCUCUCAUCGACAGUGGCUAUCUUGCUGACGCCUUCCAGUUGGACGAGAAUAUCAUACAUAUGCUCCAGGGGAAGACGUGGGUCUAG